UGGGAAGGUACCUAACUGUUUAAACAAUGCUUUUUCAAUUACCUAGAUAACAAUUUAAAAAUGGGAUUGUACUGCUGCAAUGGCAACUUGUCUGAAUUGUUCUGUUUCAACAAUAUUUUAAAAACUGUUGUUUUUAAGGAUUGGGGGAAAUACACUUGACAAAAGGGUGUCGUUUUUUCUUUUUUUUCUUUUUUUUAAUCAAAUCCGACGCAAUGAAGGACAAAAACCAUUGAGCUUUGGGAAAAAUAUUGGGACAGAAGAAGGAGGAGCUUAAUUUAGAUAUACUUUCCUCUCAGCUUUUGAAUUUGAAAGUGAAAUUGAGCAUGCCUAGACUUGAUAAGUAACCAACGGCCACAUUUAGUCUAAACUUAAAUCAACGAGAUACUGCAAGCUCCAUCAUGUCACAGCAAAAGCCUCCUGUUCCUCUUCCAAGAAGAAAGAUUAACCAUCAAGGGCACUCUGUGGAUGAAGAGUGGCUAAGAAGUGACAGCAGCUCUCCUCAGUCUCCAACUGAAUCUCCUCAGAGAGGUUCGGAGGGGCCCCCACGGCCUUUUGUCAGAAGACAGCAUUCGGAACCAAAUUACAUUUACAUUAUUGGAGAACAAGACAAGGUCGACAAGAAGAGUCCAUGCCCCCCUCCUCCUUUGCCUGCGAGGCCACCAAGAAAACAGCUGGAGGAACAGCUGGAGGAACAGCUGAAAAAACAGUUAGAGAAAAAGAUAAAGGAACAGAUAGAGGAAGCUGAGACCCUGGAUGACACAGCUACACCCGAUGAGGAGAUUAAACCAUGGAAAGAAUAUAGAGAUCUUCAACUUAGAGGAUGCUCAGACGAAAAAAUUGUCAAUGUUAAAGCUGAAAACCUCUACAAGGCCAUUCUGAAGUACAUCCAGCUGAUAGAUGAUCAUGGAGGGGAUCUAAAGUUACUCAUCCAUGAGAUGAAUAGCAUUUCUGACAACCUGAACAGGUAUUCAAAGAACACAAAGAUAGCUGGUAUCACUGGAGGUGCAUCAACAGCAGCAGGAGGGGUCGCAGCGGCUGCUGGGGUGAUUCUGGCCCCUUUCACGGGAGGAGCCUCUUUGGCCCUUACGGUGGUUGGUGCCGGGGUCGCUGCAGCCGGCGGUGUCACAGGUGCAUCAGCAGCUAUUGCGAACAAGGCAAACUUAAACCAAGACAAGAGGAAAAUUGAAAAGGUAUUAAAUGAUUUUAGUGUCAAGUAUGAGGAGAUUAUCAUCUGUCUGAGGUUCAUCAAUGAAGGCAUGGACCUACUGAAGCGACACGGUGUGGUUUGUCUCAAUCAAACCAUGAUGGAAUCAAAGAAUGCAGCCUGCGCGGUGAAGCUGACUACAGGAAGUGCUAGUGCCAUGGCGUCGGAGAAGAGCAGCAACGCUUUUGGAACAUUGAAAGGCUUUACAGUUGCCAUGGAUUUCUAUUUCACCCAAGACAAAGAUGGAACGAAGGUGAAGAAAGGUCUCCAGUCAAAGCUGGCCAAUAAGAUCCACAAACUAGCUGAAGAUCUUAACAGUGGAGUGGAUGAGCUACUGGAAAUAAAUGAAGUCUUUAAUAGGGAAUUGUAAUAACGAUCAAUCUUGACCUAUUAAAGUAAAUUUAAUAAAGGCUGAGGUUUAACAUAUAUAAUUUUUAAUCAGGAUAGAUACAGAUUAUGAAAAUCACAUUACUGAGCCUUUAUUUACUUUACUGAUUCCUGAUUUAAUUCUGUGUGUAUAAUGCUCGUUGUAGUAACCAGGAGAAAGGAUCUUCACCAACAAAAUCUGUUUUUAUUCAAGCACCUUCAAAAUACCCUUGAUGGAUACUUUAGAAAGCCAAAUGUCAGACUAUUUUAUGAAUAAGCCUAUCUUAACUGAUCUGAUCCAAGAGGGCAGUGAUACAAUUGAAAUAAACAAAUUAACCAUUUUGAGAGAUAUGUGAUGUACUAAUAGUACUAAUAGCAAUAUUCAAUUGCAAAAUAAACAAUGAAACCUUGAAUAACCAAUCUUUUAAAGGUAGUUUUGUGAUUUAAAGGAGAUUGUUGCUUAUUUUAUUGUAGCACCUAAUGUAAAGCAGUUGACUAGACUAACUUUUGAGCAGGUUGGGGUGGGAAUGUGGUGGUGAUUGUGGUGGGAUUAAAUUAGUUUUAACUACCGGGUGAAUACUGGUGCAUGACUGCUAAUUAUACAUAACUAGUGGUAAUAAGUGAACAUAAGUAAUCAGAAAAAAUGGCAGAUGGGAAAAAUGUGUUAUCUAAACAUCAAAAUCAAAAUAUUUUGGUUGGAUUUGGAGGGAUCAGAAUUAAAAUUGUAUUUCCACUGAAAAAACCUUUUUGUAUCCAUUUGUUUCUUAUUGGCUAACCCCAAAAAGUGACUAACAGAAAAAGCAAUGAGAAGUAAAUCUGAGUACUAGUUUCACUAACUUACUACAAUCACUUGUCAUACUUGUUUUUGUUUCACUGUGUUUUGUUACAUUUACUUGAUAAA